UUUUUUUUUCUUUUUUUUUUUUUAUAGAGAACACCUUCACGAAAAAAAAAAGAAAUGCAUCGUUUAGCUAGUCGUUUAACUCAAGUGACCAAAACCUCUUCUUUAGGUUUUCAUACUUCUGCUACUAGUUCAGCCAUCAGUCGUUUCAACUUGCCAGCCAUGAGUCCUACUAUGACUGAAGGUACCAUUCAUAAAUGGAUGAAGAAAGAAGGUGAAUCUUUCUCUGCUGGUGAUGUUCUUUUAGAACUCGAAACAGAUAAAGCUCAAAUUGACGUUGAAGCUUCUGAAGAUGGUGUUUUGGCCAAGAUUAUUCUUCCCGAUGGUGGUAAGGGUUCUGUCAACAGUUUGAUUGCUCUUAUUGCUGAGGAAGGAGACGACAUUUCCAAUAUUGAAGUGCCUGCUGAUGAUGCUGCCCCUGUUGAAGAAAAGAAAGAGGAUGCUCCUGCUGCUGCUGCCACACCUCAAUCUGCUCGUACACCUGCUGUUGCACCCAUUUCUCACCAUGAUAUUGAUACAAGCAAGCUCAAGAAGCCUUUGUCUCCUGCUGUUUUGAACUUGGUUUUGAAGUAUGGUAUUAAGGAUUUGGAUAGCAUUAAGCCAUCUGGUUAUGGUGGUCGUAUCUUGAAGGGUGAUGUCCUUGCUCAUCUUGGUCUUAUUGCUCCCAAGCCUGCUCCCAAACCUACGCUUACUGCUGCUCCUCCCAGAGAUCAAAUUGUGUUUGCCAAGACUGAAAAGCCCGUUGAAAAGGCUGUCAAGAAAGAACCUCUUCCUUCUUUUAUUCAAAAACAAGUGGUUGUUGAUGAUCUCUUCAAGUUGCGUCAAUCUUUGAAUGAACAACAUGGUACUUUUGUCAGUGUGAAUGACUUUAUUGCUAAGGCUGCUGAACGUGCCUUGCAGGAUGUCACUGCCAAUCAAUCCAACAAGGCUAUCAAGAACCCUGUUGUCUAUGGUACCUCUGCUUCUGCUUUCUCUGACAAAUAUACAGGUGGACAAUUCAAGAUCUUCAACUUGGCUGAACCCACGUAUGAUUUCAUUACAGAUGCUUAUGAACCAGCUAAACCUUAUGUGAUGACAGUUGGUAGUCAUCAACGUAUCGUCCCACCUACACCUAAGCGCUCAUCUGAUCAUGAAUUGCUUGAUUUGAUUGAUUAUCUCGGUGGUCAAUCGACCAAGAAGGUUCAAGAAGAGCGUCGUGUCCAACUCACUACCAAGUCUGCCACAUUAGAUUUCUCAACUCAACCCAAGCAACUUCAAUACCAUGUCCAAGUCAAGUUAGAUGGCGGUGUACCUGGAAAGAUUUUGGGUGAUCAAAAAGCAAAUGCUUUCCUUGACCGUGUUGAAUAUUAUGUUAGAAAUCCUACUGAAUUAGUUGUAUAAUAAAAGAAGGAGAAAAAAAAAA